AACAAUUCUCUUUUUCUUGUUUUCUUUGCUUAUCCGAACACUGUAUGGUCAUUCUUGCGAUCCAAAUUUAGGAAAAGAACACACGCCCACACUCACGCAAUGCUAAAAUCAAUUCUUCUUCAAUCCCCUUCUUCUCCUUUGCUUUUUGAACAUCGUAAUAGUAAAACUUGCACUAGAAUUGUUUCAACAAUCACUUCUUCUUCUUCUUCUUCUUCUUCCUCGAGAAGCAGUUCUUACAUUCCUAAGCUUGAGCCGUUUAGCCGAACCAAGCUCGAAAGAGCCGUCAAAGCUCCGCCCUUGAUUGAAAAGUCCGAAAAUGAACUCGCUGAUUACUGUUCAACGCUUGAUGGUGACGAUUCGUAUAGCUGUUGGAGAGCCUAUUUCGAGCUUAAAGAUUUGGAAAGAGAGUCACCGAAAGAGGAUGUGGAGAAGCUAAUUCUUCAAGCGGGUGGAGUGAAAUCCUUGAUUGGAUGCUUACAUGGAAUUUCAUCAAUGCACAAAGGAAGGAAGAAUGGUUUUGGUUUCAUGGCACCCAUGCUGGCUGUGGAGAAAGAAAAAGAGAGACCAUGUCCUAUACCAGAUGGAUUGCCGAAAUCACAGGAAGAGCUCGAUGAGGAAGAGAGAGCUAGAAUGCCAGAUUCACCGUAUACUAGAUUACUUAGAACUAAAGGAAGAUUUCCUGCUUGGUAUUCUCCUGCUCCUGACCAUGAAACAGAUUGAUAAUAAGCUGCUGCAUUAUGUUGAGAGUUUGGUCGGAUUUCUUCUCUCCUGUAUAGCUGAUAUAAGUUGAUAUGAGGAAUGUGUUGGAGUUUUAAGUUGUGUGUUAUAAAUUUUGUUUCAGAACAUUUAUCUUCUACAAAUUUUGUGAAUAUUGUUCUGUAUUUCAGUUUUUACAAAUAGUGCAGAAAUGAAUUAUGUAUUAUAGCUGCUCA